GUUUUUUUUUGAAUGUCAUCAUGUUCAACACAUCACCUCUAGACUUACCGACGCAUACUAUAGAUACACACUAUAAGCCUUCAGUUGCCUAUAACUCAUCAAGCACAUUAAGAACCAUCAAACAGUCCUUAGAGAUCAUCUUGAGCGAUAAUGACUCGAAGCAGAUAUUUUAUUUUCUAUUGCUCAACUUGUCUUAUAUGUUUGUCCAGUUAGCCUAUGGUGUAUGGACAAACUCCCUUGGUCUUAUUUCUGAUGCUAUCCACAUGUUCUUUGACUGUCUAGCACUAGGCGUUGGUUUAUUUGCCUCUGUUAUGAGUAAAUGGCCUUCUAAUUCAGAGUAUUCCUAUGGAUAUAACCGCAUUGAAACUGUAGCAGCUUAUUUCAAUGGUGUGUUUCUUGUGUUGAUUUCUCUCUCUAUCAUUGCAGAAGCAGUCCAACGUCUGAUUGAUCCACCCCAAAUGAACACACAUCGUUUGCUUUUCAUUAGUUUUGUUGGCCUAGUAGUAAAUUUGGUUGGUAUCUUUGCUUUUAAUCAUGGGCAUCACCAUGGUCAUGGCCAUGAUCACGGACACGACCACCAUCAUCAUGGACAUAGUGCCAAUAUGCAAGGUGUAUUCCUUCAUAUCAUGGCAGACACACUAGGCUCAGUUGGUGUGAUUGUAUCCACUCUCUUGAUCCAAUGGUUUGGUUGGACAGGAUUUGACCCUAUUGCCUCUUUGUUUAUUGCUACAUUGAUUAUAUUGUCUGUGAUACCUUUAAUUCGACAAUCUUCAGCUGUCUUGAUGUUGGAAUUAAGUGACGAUACAGUGGCAGCAGUAGAAGGCACGAUGGAGGAAGUUAAAGCAAUGGAAGGUGUUUAUAGCAUCAGCCAUGUUCGAUUUUGGCCUUAUGAAGCAGAGAAUGUCAUUGGAUCACUACAUGUUCAAGUCAAAGACGGUAUGGAUACUCAGCUAAUGCGACAAAGGAUUACUGAAUUGAUCAGAAGUCAUGUCCAUGGUUUACGAGAAGUGUGUGUUCAAAUCGAAUUACAAAGUGCAGUCAAGAAAAGCAAAUUGGCUACAUCUCAAAGAGGAUUUUUCAAUAUGCCUAUCUAUUCUGGUGUUUCUUCUAUGAACAAUGCCUAUGUUAACCAUAGAACAAUGAAUGCACCAGUACCUGCCAUACCCAACACAACACUUCCUACCAAUACUAGUAUGUUACCAUCACCCGUCAUGUCUGUCUUACAAAAACAAACAAAAAAAGAAUAAAUGCACUA